AUGUCCGACCUGCUGACCAUUCUGCCCUCGUUUCCGCAGACCCCCUUUGCUGCCAUGCUGCCGACCCUUGAGCAGCACCGCCUGUCCACGACCGACUUGCUGGCCUUGCACCCGGCCGAUAUAGCCAAGCAGACCCGUCUGCCAAUCUUGGACCUCAAGAGGCUGAUUGCUGCUAUCCAGGCGUGCCUGUCGGAUGACCUGGUUCCUUGCUUUCCCCUCGAGCGCCGGAACGGGACCGCGGAUGCCGCCCAGUCCACGCAGGCGGCGGAAAGGGGCGAGGGAAACGCACAGUCGGAGGAGCAGCCAGGCCCCGAGGCAGCCUCGUCGAUUCAAGGGGACGACGACGACGACGACGACAAAGCGUCCGGGGCGGCGGAAGCGCAGACGACGCCCUCGCACUCGCACGCGGCUUACGCCCAGCGCAUUGGCUUGCUGGACCCGGCCCUCGACUCGGCGCUCGGAGGCGGCAUCCCCGUGGGCUCCAUCACCGAAAUCACCGGCGAGUCUGGCUCCGGCAAGACGCAGUUCCUCUUGACGCUCUGCCUCGCCGUCCAGCUGCCCCCCCCGCACGGCCUGUCCAAGCAAGCCCUCUACAUCUCCACCGAGGCCGGCCUCGCAACCCGUCGCCUCUCGCAGAUUCUCGCCGCCAACGACACCCUCCUGGCGCAGGCCGCCGCCGAGAACCGCCCGUCCCUGGACGGCAUCCUCAGCGCCGCCACGCCGGACCUCGAGUCCCAGGACCACAUCCUCGAGUACCAGGUCCCCGUGCUUCUUUCCCGACACAGCAUCGGGCUGGUGGUGAUUGACUCCGUGGCUGCCAACUACAGAGCCGAGUUCGAGCGAGCCGGCUCCUCGUACGGCUCUAACAUGGCCGCGCGAACGGCAGAGCUCGUCCGCCUCGGCGCUCUCCUGAGGAACCUCGCCAGGAAGCACCGCGUUGCCGUCGUCGUCGCGAACCAGGUAGCCGACCGCUUCGCGUCGCCAGCUACCCCGAGGCCGCAUCCCAGCCGAGCCGUGCCGGGAAGCGCCGGCGGUCCAGAGAGCCCCCUCGCGUCAAGGAGCGCGGCAGCGCCUCCUCCACCACCACCCUCUUCUUCCCCCGCGCCGUACUCCUUUCCCGAUCCAAGCCAGCCGCUCUCCCAUCCCGCGUUACGGCUAGAGCACCAGCAGAGGUGGUUUACCGGCUGGGGAGACGACCCGCGCUCAAGCUGCUCCCUCAAAACACCGAGCCUGGGACUGGUCUGGUCCGCGCAGAUAUCCUGCCGCAUCGCCCUAUUCAAGAGGCCCGUGUAUGCACGACGGCGCCAGGUGGUUGCGUCUAGAGCUGCAGACGACGAUGCGGACACGGGGCCUACCCUCAACGGCUGGAGACGCUGGAUGAAGAUUGUCUUUGCUAGCCAUGUGCCUGCUUCCGGCCAAGGGCUAGAGGGAGCAACCGAGUUUGACAUUACCAUGGGCGGAGUAAAAAGUACAAGUAAGCAGGCUAGAAAGCAGAAGCAAGGCGAAGCAGAAGGGCAGAACUCUUGA